GCCCCGCGGCUUCAUGGCGUCGCGGCUGUGCCGGGCGCGGGGCCGCCGCCAUUUUGUGCAGCGGGCGGCGAGGCGCCCGCGCGCCAGCGGGGAGCGGCGCCAUUUCCUGCCCUCCCCCGGCGCGCGCCGGCAGCGCCUGAGGCGGCGGGGACGGGCAGGGCACGGUGAGGGGACGGGCGCGGGGGACAAAGCCCCGGGGAGCGGAUCCCGCUCGGCCGGGGCCAUCCGCGCUCCCUUGGGCCGUGCGCGGGCCCCGCGGGGCCGCACGGCCAGGCCGGGGACAGCGAGCGCUGUGCCCUUCCCUUCUCGGCCUCCUGCCGCAUUAUCUCCCGCUGCCAUUCGAGUCCGGCUCUGGGGCAGAAGGACGCUGUGCUUAAAGCUGUGCUUGGGAGUGUUAUCCUACGAGAUUUUUAGAAUCCUUGUCUAUCCCAGCUGGACUACGUGACAUCUCAGGAAAUCAUUCAUCAGCCACUUGAUGUGUUUGUUAACAUACCUGGAAUUCAACUACCUUCAGGGCAGACCUCAUCAAGUCAGAUGUGUGUUCCCAGCUGAGCUGACAGAGCUCCACCUGCUACAGACACAUUGCUUCUACUAUCUGAACAAGAAGCUGGAUUCUUGUGGGAAAUACUGUGGCAACGUUUGUGCUCUAUUACUGCAUGCAUUGCAUUAGAAAAGUGACCCACUCUGUUACGACUUGUCUACAUGGUUAAGCACUUCAUUUAACCAUCUUUUUGGCCAAAAGGACAGUUUUUCAUGUAACAAUGCUAGGACUAUAAAAGACUUUCAGUGUUCUUAGACCAUACAUAUCAGCUUUAAGGUAAUUUUU